AUGUCAAAGGUUAAUAAAUCCAAAACACCCAGUCUGGAUGAAAUUAAAAAUAUUAUCACUCGUGAUAUCAGAAUGGGAAGCGAGUAUGAUAAUUUGUCCGACACUACGGUAAAUCUAUACACCAGACAACUGAUCAAGCUUUACAAGGCCGGCGUUGCGAAACAGCAAUGGUCGUCGAAUGAGUUCAUUUCCAAUAUUCACUCUCCAAACAAAUACGACGAUGCUUCUUUUCAAAAGACGUUUAAGGUUCAAAACUCAAGCAUCAUUGCGCUUCUGAUGAGCAUCUAUACAAGCAAAGAAAGUCUCAUUUUAACAUUGAAUGUUAUGUGCAAAAUGGUCAAGAACAGAUUUCGUGAUACAUUUGCAUACUAUAAUACGAUUCGAAAGGAACUUAGUAAGCAAAGCAAAGCUGAAAAGCUGGACAACGAACUAACGCCAGAGGAAGAGAAAAAGUAUAUCAGCUAUGAAGAGCUAAUGUCCGUCCCAGGUAAAGUUGCAAAGGUGCUCACCGACACGUAUGGUAAAGUAUUUCUAUCUCGAGCCGAGUUUGAAGAGCUAGCCAAACCAAAGAGAUCUGAUUACUUAAAGCUUGUAUUUGAUUAUAUCACGUUGUGGCUAAACGUGCAUUAUCCACUUCGUUUGGUAUGGCCGAGCGUUCUUCUCAGUCCAGAAAAAGAUUCAAAUUACCUCCAAGGAGACGUUUUACAUCUCAAUGAUUUCAAGAAUGUUCGUCUCAUGGGACCACAAACGAUUCAGUUGGAUAGCACCACGAUGCGCUUGAUUAAGUCCUACCUCGGCUUCUUGGCUAAUACGCUUGGAGAGCGGCCUAGUAAGCUACUAUGGCGCAUUUUCAAUCGACAGCCAGGUGAGUAUGAUUAUACGAAUUCAAGCAAUAGUUUUAGUCAGGUUCUAUCGAAGCUUUUCGUGAAGUACAAUGGAAAGCCAAUGUCGAUGAAUAUGAUCCGGCACAUUGCUGAGUCUCAUUUGAUCCAAUCGCCAGCUUAUGCUAAACUUACCAAUCGCGAGAAGAACGAUCUACACGCCAAACUACUACACAGCACCAUGGCUGCUAACACGAGCUACAACAAGAUUGCAAACCGAGCAAAUGCUUCCGAAGUAUCAUUUGAACCAGACGAUUCGUACGACCACGCUCCCGAGCAGCAAUCAAAGCCCGCUACAGCCCCUCCUGCAAAUCCCGCUACAGCCGCUUCUGCAAAGCCCGUGAGCAGACCUAAAGACCGUCGGGAGCGUAUAUUCCAUGGUGCUUUCACACCUAUUGGCAGCGACAAGACGCUUGAGAUUGACAUCUUUGAGAAAUAA